UUAGCUUCUUAUUCUUCCUUCUUAGUUAGCUUACAAGACUCCAUUAAUGGGAGCUCAAAAUGUACGAUGUAAUGGUGAGGAGAGACUAAUGAAAAUGAGAGGGCUUGGACAUUAGCCUAAAAAGUCCCGUGGUUUUCUCCCUUUCGGGUUUCCACGUAAAAACUGAGUUGUUCAUACACAUUUAUACAUAUAUUUACUAUAUCGUGUUGGACAAAACUCAACACUGGCGCCGUCUGUGGGAAUCUGUCCAAAAAGAUUCAUGUAUUCUGCUGUUCUUGAGUUUCUACGGGAAGAAAUCCGUACGAAGUGGACCGAUUCCAGGAAAAAGAAGAAACUGCUGAUUUGGACGGGAAGAAGAGGAAAAAUGAGAAUCCGGGAAGAUCUGGCAGCCUGGAUCUUGCUCUGUUUUGCUGCCGCCGCCGGAGCAUCGCCGCCGCCGGAGCAUCACCACACCGCCAUCGUCAUCGCCGGUCAACUGCAGGUCACUCCCUCACCUGGCCGGUCGCCGUUCGAGCUUCCACGACUCGGCCGACGCGACCUGCGGGAUAUGCCGGCGGAGAGGUCAUUUAGUUCCGCCAUUAAUGGUGACUCCGAGCUCAGAAGAGUCGGGGACAUGUUCGUCCAUCCGCCUCUCCGAAAAGAUGCUCUCUGCUUGGAUGGAAGCUGACCACGUCGAAGGACAAGGAAGGGGUGCAGAACACCUUGUAUUAUUGGGAUGCUCAACAAGCUGAUGCAGACCCCUGCCAGCUGGUGUGCUUCGGCCGAGCUGCUAAAGGAAUGGGGCUAAGUCCCCACAUGAUUUCAUUCGUCUCCAAGAGCUAAGUGCCCUUAUUCCCUCAUUUACUAGUUACUCCGUAUUAGAGUAUUGGGAUAAUGAAGCAUGAUUAUUUAUUGCUAAUAAUUUGCAUCACCAUUAUUCAUUAGGGGUUGAAAAUCCCGGAAAUUAAAUAAUGUCGAGUGAUGCUAUUACCAAAAAAAAAAAAAUGUCGAGUGAUGCUCUUGUGAUAAUUAAUUUCACCAUCAUUUUAAUUAAUGACUGGUUGUUGUGGGCCCGUCGGUCCGCUCCUGAUCGGCUUUAAUUAGCGAACGGAACAUACUUGAAUGGCCUUUCAUAGGAUAAAAUCAGUAUUAUUGCCUGUUACAUCACUAUUAUUUAUUAGGGAUAAAAUGUCCUGAAUUAAAUAAUGUGGAGCGAAGCUCUGGUGAUGGUUGGUUCAGCCAACAUUUUAUUGAAUAUUUAAUUGUUGGUGGGCCCGAUUAGCCCACCCUCGAUCGGCUUUGAUUAAGCGAUCCGAGCGUCUCUAGAGGGUAGUGCCCCGAUGACGCGUUUUAAUUUGGGGGUUACGCAUUAGUCCGCACGGCACCAAGUGCCCGAUCGACGAUCAUACCCCAAUGUAAUCCGCGCCGCUAGGCGCGAAGUGACUAUUGCCAAACGUGGCCUAUGGGGCCCAAGGGCACCAAAGCACUCAACCUCGUUUUUCCGAGGGCAGUGCGACUAACUUGGGUCUGAGUUGAAAACUCACAGACCGGUGAAUAUCUCUAUGUGACGUUCGGCGGGCUGCUAAUUGGCCCCGCCGCGAGUUGCUACGUCCAUUAACCCCGCACGAUGAGCCGGGCCGAGGGUCACGAUAACCCAUAGGCCGGUAAUCGUAGGUGUUAGAGAGAAAGCCACGCAGAUGGCUAUGUAUAUAUACUGUCGGGCUGUGCGGCCCGUUAUCAUGCUUAUUGCGCAGCUGAAGCCGCUCGACGCGCUCUAGCGAAAUGAUUAAAAGACGCUCGGCCCGAGUCUUGAAGACGUUCAGGGCCAGCUAAAGAGGAGACCAUCACGGCUGAGAGCCAAGAGACGAGCAUCUCCACCUCAGAGACCGAUGGCCUAGGAAGAACACCUAGAGGCCGAGGGUCUAGAGGGAACUGCCACGACGAAGAACCGUGAGACGAUCAUCCAUCAUUCGGAGGCCGAAGGCCUAAAGGAGACCGUCACGGCCGAGGGCCAACUGACACAAUCAUAUCACGACCGGCCUCUCGGCACGGCGUGAUUAUCAUCUUUUAAGACCGGCCUCGUCCCCGAGCUGCGUGGAGGAGGACCGUUGCUGGAUUUUAGGUCGGCCUCUCAUUGCCGACAUCAUCAUAUCACGACCGGCCUCUCGGCACGGCGUGAUUAUCUUAUUUGAAGACCAGCCUCGUCCCCGCGCUGCGCGGACGAAGACCGUUGCUGGAUUUCUUUCUGAUCGGCCUCUCAUUGCCGACAUCACUAUAUCACGACCGGCCUCUCGGCACGGCGUGAUUACCAUCUUUUGAAGACCGGCCUCGUCCCCGCACUGCGCAGACGAGGACCGUUGCUGGAUUCUUUCAGGUCGGCCUCUCAUUGCCGACGUCAUUAUAUCACGACCGGCCUCUCAGCACGGCGUGUUUAUCUUUUGAAGACCGGCCUCGCCCCCGCGCUGCGCGGAUGAGGACCGUUGCUUGAUUUCAGGUCGGCCUCUCAUUGCCGACAUCAUUAUAUCACGACCGGCCUCUCGGCACGGCGUGUUUAUCUUUUGAAGACCGGCCUCGUCCCCGCGCUGCGCGGAUGAGGACCGUUGCUUGAUCUUAGGUCGGCCUCUCAUUGCCGACAUCAUUAUAUCACGACCGGCCUCUCGGCACGGUGUGUUUAUCUUUUGAAGACCGGCCUCAUCCCCGCGCUGCGCGGAUGAGAGCCGUUGCUGGAUUGCAGGUCGGCCCCUCAGUGCCGACACUAUCACAUCAUGCUCGGCCUCUCAUCGCCGACAUCAUCAUACCACGACCGGCCUCUCGGCUCGGUGUGCUUAUCUUUUGAAGACCGGCCUCGUCCCCGCCACCUCGCGGAUGAGGACCGUUGUUUGAUUCUUUCAGGUCGGCCUCUCACUGCCGACACUAUCAUGUUAUGUUCGGCCUCUCGGCACGACAUAUUUAUCUUUUGAAGACCGGUUUCAUCCCCGCGUUGCGUUGGAUGAGAGCUGUUGCUCGGAUAUAUCGGCCUGACCGGACACUAUUGCCAUCUCCAUUAUCAGGACCGACUGCUCAGCGACAUUAUGAUCAUUGUAUAUCGGCUCCCAAUGCCGACCUUUUUGAGUUAGCGAUCGGGCUCACCCAUCCCUUCAGGAGGGUGACCAUCGCCUUCGCAUGACGACCAGCGUCUCCAUCGCCUCGUCAUUAUAUUCGUUCGCUAUGCCACCACCAUUAUGUGUGACAUCCCGGGAUCCCUGCGAGUUUCUUGGAUACCGAAUGUCUUCUUCGAUGUAGGAAGAUCGGUAGGACCACAGACCAGGGACGGACUAAGAAGAGCUAGGGAAUCUCGAUGCAGAUAAACCUGUUCAUCCUUGCGAUGUCGGCGGACACCGAACGUCUCCUCGAAGUAGGGACGCCGGUGGGACCAGGGACCAAGGACGAACGAAGCACCAGGGAAUCUCGAUGCAGAUAAACCUGUUCCUCAUUGAGAUGUCGGCGGAUACCGGACGUCUCCUCGAAGUAGGAACGCCGGUAGGACCAGGGACCAAUGAGGAACGAAGAGUAUGGAUUGCCUCCACCAAAAAAAAAAAAAAAAAAAAAAAAAAAAAAAAGGGGAGAAGAGGAGAGGAGCUCCUAUGUAGAAGGGAAUCUUGCCCGGGUGUGCCAGAUCUUCUCCAACCGCCGAAGACGAACGCCUCUCGGUGUAGAGGUUAGUAGAGACGCGGAGGGGGCUAGACGAACCAAGGGAGCCUGCCAAGAUAAACCUGUUUAUCCCACAAACGACCAUGGAUCGAUGGACGUGGGGUAACAAAGUCGGGGACCCGUGAGGGUAGACCUGUUCGUCCCUGCGAGUCCUUGGGUACCGAACGUCCUCUUCGAAGCAAGAGACGUCGGUAAGGCUAAAAGGACCACGGACGAACGAAAAGAGGGGGGGAUCUCGAUGUAGAUAAACCUGUUCAUCCUUGCGAUGUCGGCGGACACCGAACGUCUCCUCGAAGUAGGGACGCCGGUGGGACCAGGGACCAAGGACGAACGAAGACUAAAAGACUCCAAAAAAAAAAAAAAAAAAAAAAAAAAAAGAUGCCAGAAGAGCACGGAGCAAAGAAUGAUUUUAUCCCUCGGCGCUAUUGGCUGGGAAGUACAAACUGAAAAACAUAUGUAAAGAAUAAUUACAAAACUUAAGCACGAAGAAUGAAGUGGCCGACGACGAUCGGCUAACAUCAGGUUUUCUUUUGCCUUGGACGACGAAUACCAGCUCCCCAGAUCAGACGGAGGAACAUUGCCCAGAUUUAUUUCAGGCUCACCGUUCCUUCCUGGAUGGAGUCCUGGCAGACGAUCGGCUUCUCACAGCCAAUCAGGAUAGAGACUUGACACAUCACCAGCACGGCCGAGGGCCGCGAGACGAUUACCACCCACGAUUUAUCACUAUUUUUAUGCAUCACGAUCGGCCCCCUCAGCGCCAUCGUGUCCAGACUCACGGUUCGGCUCGCCCAUUCCUUCCAGGAUGGCGACGACCGUCUUAUGCAGCACGAUCGGCUUCUCAGCGCCAUCGUGUCUCUUUCACGUUCGGAUCGCCCCAUUCCCUCCAGGAUGGCGACGAACGUCUUAGGCAGUGCGAUCGGCCCCUCGGCGCCAUCGUACUUGGCUUCACGGUUCGGCUCGCCCAUUCCCUCCAGGAUGGCGACGACCGUCUUAUGCAGCACGAUCGGCUUCUCAGCGCCAUCGUGUCUCUUUCACGUUCGGAUCGCCCCAUUCCCUCCAGGAUGGCGACGAAGGUCUUAUGCAGUGCGAUCGGCCCCUCAGCGCCAUCGUACCUGGCUUCACGGUUCGGCUCGCCCAUACCCUCCAGGAUGGCGACGAACGUCUUAUGCAUCACGAUCGGCUUCUCAGCGCCAUCGUGCCUCUUUCACGUUCGGAUCGCCCCAUUCCCUCCAGGAUGGCGACGAACGUCUUAUGCAGUGCGAUCGGCCCCUCAGCGCCAUCGUACCUGGCUUCACGGUUCGGCUCGCCCAUACCCUCCAGGAUGGCGACGACCGUCUUAUGCAGCACGAUCGGCUUCUCAGCGCCAUCGUGUCUCUUUCACGUUCGGGUCGCCCACUCCUUCCAGGAUGGCGGCGAACGUCUCUUAUGCAGCACGAUCAGCGCCCCAGCGCCAUCGUGUCUGGCUCACGUUAGGGUCGCCCAUCCCUUCCAGGAUGGCGACGAACGUCUCUUAUGCAGCACGAUCAGCGCCCCAGCGCCAUCGUGUCUGGCUCACGUUAGGGUCGCCCAUCCCUUCCAGGAUGGCGACGAACGUCUCUUAUGCAGCACGAUCAGCGCCCCAGCGCCAUCGUGUCUGGCUCACGUUAGGGUCGCCCAUCCCUUCCAGGAUGGCGACGAACGUCUCUUAUGCAGCACGAUCAGCGCCCCAGCGCCAUCGUGUCUGGCUCACGUUAGGGUCGCCCAUCCCUUCCAGGAUGGCGACGAACGUCUCUUAUGCAGCACGAUCAGCGCCCCAGCGCCAUCGUGUCUGGCUCACGUUAGGGUCGCCCAUCCCUUCCAGGAUGGCGACGAACGUCUCUUAUGCAGCACGAUCAGCGCCCCAGCACCAUCGUGUCUGGCUCACGUUAGGUUCGCCCAUCCCUUUCAGGAUGGCGACGAACGUCUCUUAUGCAGCACGAUCAGCGCCCCAGCGCCAUCGUGUCUGGCUCACGUUAGGGUCGCCCAUCCCUUUCAGGAUGGCGACGAACGUCUUUUAUGCAGCACGUCUGCCUCUCGGCGCUGACAUGCCCGGGUUAUCGUUGAGAGCUACCGCUCCUAUCACAUCUUGCAUUCCCUCUCUCAUACAUUGCACCCAUACAUUGCACCCAUACAUUACAUGCAUUCAUGCAUCAUACCUCAUACAUUCAUACAUACACACGUGCAUCAUGUUUUGACAGUACCGCGACGUCGGUUUAUAGAUGCAUGGACCUCUAAGCUUCUCCGUUGGAAAGCUCGAGUCAGAGUCCUUUACUCUCGCCUGAUGCAUUCAGGGGGAGCGUGCCCGUGGAGGAGCACCCUUCGCCCGACCCCGUCGGGAACGGAGGUGCCUCACCGGCAGAUUACGUUCAGGAGUGUGGACAUCCACUCAUAUAUUAUGAUUAUUCGAAGACACAGGUUCCAGCUAGAUCGAGGUAAAGCGUAGGCAAGAGUAUAUUUUCUCGAGCAGAUUCGCACGCUCACUACUCAAGAAACUGGGGGACUUGUGUUGGGAUAUAUUAUCCCGGCCUAUUACUGUUCAGGAGCCCAAGACUUUACGUAGUACGGAGCCCAAUCAGUAAGGCCCAUUUUAGCCUAUCGGGCCUGUUUCGGCCUUUGGGCCCAUUUUGGCCCAUUCGGCCCGUUAGGGUGGAGAGCCCCCUUUCCCCCUAUUCCCUAUAAAUAGGAGGUUUCCCUCCAUGUAAAAGGAUCCCCUUUUAGCUUCUUAUCCUUCCUUCUUAGUUAGCUUACAAGACUCCAUUAAUGGGAGCUCAAAAUGUACGAUGUAAUGGUGAGGAGAGACUAAUGAAAAUGAGAGGGCUUGGACAUUAGCCUAAAAAGUCCCGUGGUUUUCUCCCUUUCGGGUUUCCACGUAAAAACUGAGUUGUUCAUACACAUUUAUACAUAUAUUUACUAUAUCGUGUUGGACAAAACUCAACAAAGUAUUAGAGCAAAUAUUAUAGAAAAAAAGUACGUACUAGAGCAAUAAUAUACUCCAAUCCGUUCAUCCCAAAAUUAAAUAUAUGGUUUGACUUCAAAGAUUUUUAGGUAGAAAAGUUAAUUUGGUUGACUUUCCAAUCAUGUAAAAACGAACAAUAUAGGACUUAAACGAACCAAUAUACAUGCCGACUGAUCUCACAACGGGCGUAUGCAUGUUGAAUGAUAAAUUCGCUAGCUUUUUGCAGUCUUCUUAUUUAAUUAUCUACUUUGUAAACGUUUGUGUUUGCUUGGCUGGAAAGGAAAGCCCUUUAUUCAAGUUUCCUCAAAUUAUUUAAAGUUAUCCCCAUUGACUAAAAUGUGUUUGAUCUUAACGUACUAUCGAUAUUGAUGUGUUUAGUAUCUUAACUUUUAAAUUAAACAAAUCAGUAUCAUACUUAUAAGUAAAUAUUUCAUUUAUCAAUGAUACGUUUUAUUCUAAAAAUAAGGCUUAUUUGAUCAUGUUAAAGGUUUAAAACAUUGAAGAUUUCUAUUAUAUUCAACAAUUUGAUGAUAUUCUUUUUUAUAUUUUCACAUUAACUUAGUAAAUUAAAGAUGACAUUUAUCUCGUACGUCAUCAUUUUGCUAUAUUUUUUCUUAGUCGUGUUGCACUGUUUGUGUAAUUGUGAAUUUUAGUACUACAUAUGCAAUUUCUUGUAUUUAUAUCAACAUUUCAUGUGAGUUGGUUGGUGUGAAGGUAUCUACUAAUUGCAAGAUUUGUUCAAAAAUUUUAGCAUGUGUUUGGCAUUGUACCGUACCGUUUUGUACCGUUCCGAAACGGCAUGGUACCGAACGGUUCCACCCUUGAAACCGGACCGGACCGGACCGUUAAAAACCUAAUGGAUACAUUACGGGUUUUACUAGUUUACCGGACCGUUCCGGACCGCGCCCACCCCUAGUUUUUAACUUUAAUUGUAAUUACUUGUAUUUAAAAGAAAAAGAAAAAUAAAGCAUAAAUAGGACCAUAUUAUUUAUCUUUCCAAAAUAGGAUUAAAGUAUACUCUAUCUUCCUAUAUUCUACUUUUAGCAUAACUUAAUAGAUUAAUCAUAUUUAAAUUUGUAAUAAAAAAAUUUCAACAACAAAAAAUCGAAAAAAAUAAAAAUAAAAUCAAAAUGUUAUGAAUUUUAUUUAAAAUUUAUUUUCGUGUUUUUUAUAUGUUUUUUACAUUUUUAUUUUUGAAGGGAGUCAGCCUUUCCCCCUCUCCCCGUUGUAAAUGAUCCCGGCGGAAACUUCG